AUGGACCCAACUCGAGCUCCCGACUUCAAGCCUCCCUCCUGCAACGAGACACCGGAUCCACCACUCGCCCCGCAGUCCACGAUCCCCAAGAGCGGACCCAUCAUGCCAUAUGUUCUUGCAGACUACAAUGCUUCGAUCGACGCGCCAAUCCACCCACGCGACUACAAGAAGCACUCCAAGUUCGGUCGUCAGGUGUCUACCGCACACCAUGGCUCGAUUCCUAUGAAGCAGGACGAGUUGCAACCUCUGUCCAACGAAACGUCCUCGGAAGACGAGCAGGACGUUGACGUCAAUGGCGACAACGACAUUGGCAGUAGCCGGCCACGAAUGCCGUUCAACCGCCAGAUGUCCGCGCUUUUUGACGAAGAAGAGUCCCAGCACAUCGGAUCGCGUAUCCACAAGUACCAGAUCGCAGAUCUGGAAGAGGUGCCGCACGGUGUUGUCCGUCAGGCGCGCACACUCGAGGACUACGAGUUCCCUGCACAUCGACUGCAAAAGAAGCUUCGUAACCCCAACAAACUGCCGCUGGUGAUUGUUGCGUGUGGUUCCUUUUCACCUAUCACCUAUCUCCAUCUACGUAUGUUCGAAAUGGCCUUAGAUGCUAUCUCAGAGCAGACUCGUUUCGAAGUCGUUGGUGGAUACUACUCGCCUGUUAGUGACAACUAUCAGAAGCCCGGGUUGGCGCCUUCCCACCAUCGUGUACGCAUGUGUGAGCUUGCCUGCGAGCGUACGUCGUCUUGGCUGAUGGUCGAUGCUUGGGAGUCACUGCAACCCGCAUACACACGCACGGCUAAAGUUCUAGACCAUUUCAACGACGAGAUCAACGUUAAACGUGGUGGCAUUCUCACUGCGACAGGUGCAAAAGCCGGCGUAAAGAUCAUGCUUCUAGCGGGUGGUGACCUGAUAGAGAGUAUGGGUGAACCCAAUGUGUGGGCCGACUCUGAUCUUCAUCAUAUCUUGGGUAACUACGGUUGUCUCAUUGUGGAAAGAACGGGCUCUGACGUGCGCUCCUUUUUGCUGUCACAUGAUAUUAUGUAUGAGCACAGGCGUAAUGUUCUUGUCAUCAAACAACUCAUUUACAAUGACAUCUCAUCUACAAAAGUGCGUUUGUUCAUUCGUCGUGGUAUGUCUGUGCAAUACUUACUCCCCAAUAGCGUUAUCCGGUACAUUCAAGAACAUGGAUUGUAUGUCAAUCAGACAGAGCCGGUAAAACAAGUGAUGGGCAACAAAGAAUGA